AUGAGGUCCCAGCUUUUCGGUGACAACUUUUCGGGUGACUUUUCCAAGCAACCUCUCCCUGUUGCAGCUGAAGAGAUGGCUGUCUCACACGUAGACACACCUGUGGACACUGUGGACGAUCAGCACAUAAACUACCAAAACCUGAAUUGGCUGUGCGAAAGAGCCAUAUUAGUUCCCAAAAAUACAUUUGUUGCGAAACUCAAUAAAGACCUACUGCGAAGCCUUCCUGGAAACCUUUACACCUACAAGUCUGUGGACACUGUUGUGGACCAAGAAGAGGCUGUUAAUUUUCCCAGAGAAUUCUUCAAUUCCUUUGACUCCUCCGGACUAUCGCCUCAUCAGCUUCACCUAAAAAUUGGAGCUCCAAUAAUGCUGCUGAAGAACCUGGAGUCACCAGUUCUGUGCAACGGAACGCAUUUAGUGUUAAAAAAAUGUGCUGCCUCAUGUUAUUGA